AUGGAUGCUCUCUCAAAUUCAAUGAGAGCGUUCAAUCCUCAUAUGGGUUUAAUAUUGGUGUCGUCAAUGUCAUGGACUCUGUUUCAGUUCAUGCAUGUUGUUGUUGUUCUCAUGGGGUGUUCAUGUUUGGGUGGUUCAGGCUCUAGUACUCAUCGUCAUCAUGUUCAUGUAGCCGGGAAUGAGACGGAUCGGCUAGCCUUGCUCGCAUUCAAGGCUGAAAUAACCGGUGACCCCUUUGGGGCUCUAAACUCGUGGAAUGAAUCCAUCCACUUGUGUCAAUGGGAUGGCAUAACAUGUGGCCGACGACACCAGAGGGUAACUAAGUUGAAACUGGAUCAUCAAAAAUUGACAGGCUCAAUUUCGCCUCACAUUGGAAAUCUGAGCUUUCUUAGGGAACUGUGGUUACGUAACAAUAGCUUCACUCAUCAAAUCCCCCCUAAACUUGGCCAUCUACGGAGACUGCAAAUACUGAGACUACUCAAUAAUUCUAUUGGUGGUGAAAUUCCCGCCAAUAUAUCUGCUUGCUCUAACCUUGCUGUCCUUCAGCUUUCUGGCAAUAGUCUGGCUGGGAAAAUUCUCGUGGAGCUUGGUUCUCUGUCUAAGCUCGAGCAGUUGUUCAUUGAAAGAAACAAUCUAACAGGUGGCCUUCCUUGUACUUUGGGGAAUCUGUCAUCCCUUAUUGUAUUCGAUAACAAGUUGGUUGGUACUAUUCCUUCCUCAAUCUUUAAUCUCUCUUCCAUCACAGCUUUUGAUAUAACAAUGAACCAAGUUCAAGGGAGACUUCCCUUAGAUCUUGGAAUUUCUUUUCCAACUCUUCAAUGGUUUUCAGUUGGAGUAAACUUGUUUACUGGAUCCAUUCCUAUUUCAAUAUCAAAUGCAACCAACCUAUAUCUCCUUGAUUUGGGAGAAAAUAAAUUUAUUGGAAGAGUGCCUCUUUUGGGAAUGAUGCACAGUCUUGGGCGGUUAAACUUUGAAGACAAUCAUCUUGGAACAGGGGAAGCUGGUGACUUGAAUUUUCUUAGCUCAUUGCCCAAUGCCACCAAUUUGAACUCUUUGACACUGAACUCCAACAACUUUGGAGGGGUGUUGCCAGAAUCAAUUGGCAAUUUGUCCUUUCUUGGUAUCCUUUCUUUGGAAAAAAAUAAAAUAGGUGGGAGCAUCCCAAUCGAGAUGGCGAAUUUGGUCAAUUUGCAACUUUUGGACAUGUCAGACAAUCAUUGCAUCGGCAACAUUCUUGCUGAUAUUGGGAAGCUACAAAUUUUGGAUCUCUCAGGUAAUAAAUUCUAUGGGAAAAUUCCAUUGUCUUUGAAAAAUUUGACUUCACUAGCGUAUCUUUAUUUAGGAGUAAAUAACUUGCAUGGCAACAUUCCUCCAAGUCUGGGAAAAUGCCCCCUUGUAGAUCUAGCUCUUGAUGGAAACAAUCUUAGUGGUAUCGUACCCAAACAAGUUCUAACUCUCUCAUCAUCGUUGAACUUGUACCUAUGUGAUAACCAUUUGGUUGGGUCCAUACAACUAGAAAUUGGGAAUUUAAUAAAUCUUGAACAAUUAGAUGUUUCUGGGAACAUGUUGUCUGGAAAAAUUCCAAGCACUCUUGGUAAUUGUGCAAAAUCCCAGACUAUUUAG